ACUUUAUUUGGGGUCUACCAUUUUGUUGCGGCUCGACCCACGGACGUGCAGCCCCUGUAUUAAGAUGACUGGUGGGUCUUGGAAGGGGUUAGACACAUGAAGCCUAAACAGGAAGACCCAAAGGAAAUGGUGGGGGGCUGCUGUGUGUGCUCGGACGAAAAUGGCUGGACUGAAAACCCUCUCGUGUACUGCGAUGGUCAGGGCUGCAACGUCGCCGUGCAUCAAGCCUGUUAUGGUAUAGUGACAGUACCAACAGGAGCCUGGUUUUGUCGCAAAUGUGAGAGUCAGGAGCGUGCUGCAAGAGUUCACUCAGGCGGGAGGCGCAUUUUUUCACAGAGAUGCGAACUGUGCCCAAGUAAAGAUGGCGCGCUCAAGCGCACAGACUCUGGUGGUUGGGCACAUGUGGUCUGUGCGCUGUACAUCCCUGAGGUGCGUUUUGGCAACGUCACUACCAUGGAGCCCAUCAUGCUGCAGCUCAUCCCUCAAGAAAGAUUCAACAAGUCUUGCUACAUUUGUGAAGAAAGUGGCAAAGAAAGCAGAGCUGUUAUUGGAGCAUGUAUGCAGUGCAACAAGUCAGGUUGUAAGCAGCACUUCCAUGUAACCUGUGCUCAGUCUAUGGGCCUCCUGUGUGAAGAAGCUGGAAACUACCUGGAUAAUGUAAAGUACUGCGGUUAUUGUCAGUACCACUUCUCUAAGCUGAGGAAAGGAAGCCACGUGAAGACGAUCCCUCCAUACCGUCCCGUCCCUUUGGAGGCUGGAACUUCAGAUGACGACAAAACUUCUGGAUCAAUUGAUUCCAGAGAUCCAAAGUCAAAGAAGAGAACAGGACGUCCCCCUGGUGUCAAACCUACAGCUGGUCGGGAAGGGAAGAUUGGUGAUAUUAUAGGAGCUGGCAACAGCAGUAGUGGAUCUAGUGGGACAGGGGAACACCAUGACCGGGGCCCAAUGAGUGAGGACAGUGCCAGUACUGCUCCUGGAAGUUCUGGCAUCUCCUUAGGAGCCACCAGUGCUAGUGCUGUAGCUUCCACAAUUAAGACGGAAAGAACAACAAAAGUGACCGAACCUAGUCUUGCUGUGUCUGUGUCCCAAGCAGUGGGUACUGUGACAAAGACAAUGGCCUCAGUAACAGUCAGUGGUUUUUCCUCAGACACAACCUCUAGUGCUCCCCCACCACAAACCACCUCAUUGACCUCAACUUUUCCUACCUCUCUGUCUUCUGUAUCAACCCCAUUUACACACAGUGUGUCAUCCACAGCACCGCUCCUAACAACAUCCCCAUCACUGUCAACGACAGCUUCUAGUUUAGUGUCCUCAAUGUCAUCAUCAUUAUCAUCAUCAUUGUCAUCUUUAUCAUCAAUAAUAACAACUGUGCCAUCCUCCAUUAUGACCACUGCCUCAUCCCUUACCCGUCCCAGACUGUCUGAGACUCAAACACCCUCCACUACAUCCCAUGAGAGUUCCAGCCAGAUACCCCUGUCACACAACCACUCCACCAGCCAGUUGCAUCCUUCACUGCCGAUUGAGGGAGACAAAGACAAGGACAAGCAGCAAGAACGUAAUCGGAAAUUGCGGCGAAAUGGGCCAAGGACUCCAAGUGGAAACAGUAACUUUGGAGACACAGAAUCCAUUGUUUCCAAUGAUGAAGCCCAGUCUAAUGAUUUAGUGUUAACUAUAUGUGAAGAAAAAAACCUUAGUGUUGAGAAAGAAUCAAACAAAGUGCCAAGUAAACCUUUGGAUUCUUCAGACGAUGGUGGCAGCUUAAAUGUGCAGUACACUCCAAAUAUUGGUGCAGAAAGUGUGUCUGAUCCUUUUGCACCAACUCUUGCAGACUUUAAUACAAAUGAACCAACAAAGAGAAGAAGAUCCAGCAGCCAAGAGAGAGGAAGGAGAUCUAAACGGGGAAUAAGCAAACGUGGUCGCCCUGGAGGAGGUCGUGACACGGGAGGAAGGGACUCAGGAGCUUCAUCCCCAGACUCUUUCACCAGUGAGUCAGCUCCAGCACCAAAGAGAGGACGAAAAAAGGUUGACUCAAAAGAGUCAUUACCAUCAGUGAUUACCAAUGGUGUUGGAGCCAACACACUUCUGCUAGGGAACCAACUUAAUCCUUCAUCAGCUGUAGCUCAGAAGAUGACAGACACCCUUCAUGCUGAGCUUGAGGCACACUCCAUAUACAAAGAUGAAGACAAGAAUAGCAAUCUUUUGAUUGGACCAGCACUUCCUGGAAAAAAGGAGAACACCAAUGGUACAAGCUUGGCAACCAGCAAUCAGCCACCUCCAUUCCCUCAAAGUCUAGAGCAGCUUUUGGAACGUCAGUGGGAGCAGGGGAGUCAGUUCCUGAUGGAACAAGCCCAACAUUUUGACAUUGCAUCAUUGCUGUCUUGUCUACAUCAAUUAAGGCAAGAAAAUGUUCGACUGGAAGAAACAGUGAGCUCCCUCAUAUCCAGAAGAGAUCACCUCUUGGCUGUUAAUGCUCGUCUCUCAGUUCCUCUCAGCUCUCCAACACCAGCUAGCACCUCAUCACCUGUUGGAGUAAAUCCUACCCCUCCAUCAGUCUCUAUCUCUUCAUCUAACUCUUCAUCAUCAUCCUCCUCUUCGGUUCCUGCUCUCACUACGUCAGUACCCUCCCACAACCUCAAUCCUCGGCCAUCAAGUAGGGGAUCUGCUCCAGCUCCCCUUCCACCUCGACCACAUUCUCAGGGACACCAUCAGUCUGGAAGUAACAAUCACACAGUAGUCCCACCUUCUAGUGGAGGUGGGGGAGGACACAGAGGGGCAUCUCCACAUGAUAGAAGAGGACCAUCACCACAAGAUAGGAGAGGCAUCCCCCAUGAUAGACGAGCUCCACCUCCCCCAGUCCCUGUUGAAAAUGGUCUUGGAGAACAGGAUUAUCGGUAUCGCAGUCCUGGAACAGAGCACAGACAACAGUCACCCAUGCUUCCCCCAGGGGCACAGCCAAGCCCAACAUCUCUCAGGCACAGUCCAGCAGGAGGUAAUUACCAUCCAAGUGUGUCUCCUCAUGGGGUGGGGUCACCAAGUCCUGGUGUUCCUCAUGGUCAUCCUCCCACCUCUCAUGGCCCACCUCCCCAUCACUCCAUGCCACCAUCACAUGGACCAUCAGGCCAUGGACCCUCUGGACAAGGAGCCCCCAGUCAUGGAUCACCACAUGGACCUCCUCCUCCCCCUCAUGGAGCCCCUCCACAUGGGCCUCCACCUCCUAUGGUGUCAGUGGCUCCUAACUCGGCACACAAUGUUGCCAUCAGCAGACAGUCCGACCAUCGUGGAGAGAUGGUGAGGAUGCACUCAGUGCCCCCACCACCCCAACAUCCAGGCCCCAACCUUGGAUCAGGAGGUUACUCAGUGUAUCAGAUGGUUUCUCCCGUGCCUGGGCCACACCACUCCCCUGUGCCACCCAUGAGCCAGCCUCACCCACCACCUCAUGCCCAAGUGAUGCGUCGUGACCUGGUUGAAUCUGGUCGGGGGGCCUCAGGGAACAUGGAGAAGAGAUGACACAGAGACUCCUGGGCUAGGACUAGAAGGUAAUAGCUCCAGACCUCUUAUGAGCCUAGACCUGUUGUGAGGGAGAAGAGAAGUAACAAUAUUCUUACCUCCUGUAUGUCUGGUGAAUAGUCUAGUUGAGGGGUAACUAUACAGUAACUAGAUAUUUAUGAUCUAGUUGCUAGUUAACCACAUAAAUCUAUGCUAAGGAGAUGUGUGUUGAGAGUGGGUUUAUUCUAAACCAUGAUUGUGCAUUGCACUUAGAAAACUACAAACUUCUGAUGAAAAAAACUUUGUGGUUCUUGAUGAAUGUCUGCUGUGGGGAAUUACUGAAAAUGUGGUUUUAAUAUGUGCUGUGCUCUUUCACCCCAAUUUACCAUACUCAUCUUGAAUGUGUUGUGGUAUAACAUAAGAAGUGAGAUGGCUUAUUGGAUAUUUUGUUAAUUGAUGCAGUUUUAUACCAUGUGUUUUGAAAAUUUAUGAUCUCCAGUAAGUUUCUUGUUCUUGCAUAUAGAGCCAAACAGUAUUUUCAUGCCUCACAGUAAGUGAGAUCAAGCUUGUCUUACACUCUAGGGUAUACUAAUUAUAAACAUAUAUUUUAAGAAUUCCCCAUGUAUUUUAUUGAUGCAUUCUUUAUCAAUGUUUUUUACUAUUAAGUCUUUUUUAUGGUUCUGGUUAAUGGUAAAGUACAAAUUCCACUUGCAGUCAUUUAUGAUCAGUUGUCUAGUUAGAACUGAAAUGCAGUCUUAGGCAGAACAAUUUAAUUAAAAGAAUUAUCAUUGUACUUACUAUGAAUGGAUAUUACUAAGGAUGAUCAUUUGUUAUUGUAACCUGAGAGCUGGCUGUUUACCUGAAUAUUAUAUGUGGACCAAUCUUCAAGUGAAGUUUACUAAAUUGAAAGUUUUAUGUAUUUAUUUUAAGAUCCUACAGUAAACAUCAUCUUGUAGCAUGUAAUAGUGUACUUUGAGUGGAUCCAUACACUAUGUUUACCAUCUGUGUCAAUUACAGUGAAAUUUUCAAAGCCACCAGUGUUAGCCUUUUUGCACCUGUACAUUUUUUAUAGCAAUUAAAUGCAAAAUUAUUGUGGAACUGUACACUAGACAAGGUACUUCAAUUUUAUUAAUGUGUUGUUACCUGAGACUGGCUGAGUAUGUCUCUCAGGGGGGCAUCAUGGGAGGAAGAGUUCCUUGUCUUAAUAUUGUGAAAAUUUGUGUUAAGAAUACAUGGGCAAGCUUGUAAAUAUAGCUUUAAGGCUGAUGGAUCCUCCUCAUGUUAUUUAUAUAUUGUAUAGGUGAUAAUUAUGUGGCCCAUAUUGACCUCAGUACAAGUAGCUUAGUGCUGACAACUGUUAUGCAGUUUUUGUAUGGUGAGUAGCUUGAGGUGUGAUAACAAUAACAGUGUUUAAUUUUUUUAAAUAGAAGAGUUGACCUUCCUGUGUUCUCCCAGAGGAAGGAUGUGUUGCUGCUGUUCCAGAGUGGAGAGUGCCACUGACUGGUGAGCCUGUAUUAGGUCCUCUCAGUUGUUCCAACCACACUGGUUGAAUUGCAAGUUUCUUUUAGUCAUUUCAGUCUGUCCAAUUCUUUCAUUUUACUAUUUUAUUAUUUCAUUUAUUUUUUUUCCUUUUUUUUCUGGUAUUCAACAGAAUAAGAAUUAAAAAGUGUUCAGAUAAGCAAUUGCACAGGUAGGGAUACAUGAAAUGUGUCUGUAUCUGUCACCAUCUGGUCUUCAUAUUUAAGAAUCUAGCAAUUUGAUGCUGACUUCAUUGAAUUAAGUUUUAUAUCAAAGAUUAUGGUAAGAUAGGCUGUUCAAAUCUGAUUAUAUGUUACUUGGUCAAAUUUUCAAAGUGCAUAAAGUGUAAUUAACUUCUUUAAAAUGUAAAUUUCAGGAAUGAAUAAAUUAACAAUGUUACUACUGACACUUUUAAAGUAUGAAUUUUAUUUAUUUAUUUUUACUAAUAAAUUUCUUUAUUU